AUGGCAUCGUUGCUACGGCGGUUGCCAUGGUUUGCCCGGCCAUGGAAACCUCUCACUUUCUCCAACCCCAACUUCACGCGAAUCCCGUUGCCUGAGAAGAUUGAGGAGGAGCUUCUCCCUGACUACGUUGCAUCACGUUACUACCCGGUCCGCAUUGGAGAAGUCCUCAGAGAUCGUUACCAGAUUGUCGGUAAGCUGGGUUUUGGAGCUAGCUCGACAGUUUGGUUGGCGCGUGAUCUCGAUGGCCGCCGGCACGUGGCAUUGAAGCUUUUCGUGAACUCGAAGGCCAUGGGCUCGCAGCUGGAUCACGAACUCACAAUGUACAAACGCAUUGCCGCAUUGAGGAGGUUGCCCGCUCCGGUGCUCUCCUUCGUCCUUCACCGCCUUUUCCUUGCAUUGGACUUUUUGCACACGGAAUGCAAGAUCAUUCACACAGACAUCAAAGCCGAUAAUAUCAUGUUCGGCAUCGGAGACGACUCUGUCUUCACAGCCUUUGAGGAGCAAGAGCUGCUCGACCCAUCUCCACGAAAGGUGGUGGGCGACAGGGCUAUCUAUCUGUCGCGCGAGCUCCAGAUGCCCAAAACCUGGGGCGCACCGGUGCUCUGUGACUUUGGGUCGGCUGUUUCCGGGGACAUAGAGCAUAUGGAGGACAUACAGCCCAAUAUUUAUAGAGCACCCGAGGUCAUACUGGAAGCACCGUGGUCAUAUCAGGUCGAUGUAUGGAACACGGGUUGCAUGAUCUGGGACCUCUUCGAGGGUGGUCAUCUGUUUACAGGACACGACCCAGAGCAUCAUUUAUACCGCAGCCGAGCGCAUCUUGCUGAGAUGAUUGCAUUGCUUGGCAAACCCCCACAGACGCUCCUGCGUUCGGGGAAAGCGAGCCAACGAUUCUUCACGGAUCAGGGGGAUUUCCACGCGGAAAUUUCGCUCCCACAGAGCAUGUCGCUGGAGGAGAAAGAAACUACCCUUGACGGAGAAGGUCAGAAGAAGUUUCUCACCAUGAUGCGAACGAUGCUCCAGUGGGACCCUUCAAAGCGAUCGUCGCCGAAGGAGCUGGCUAAAGACGAUUGGAUUAUGGGACACAUGUAG